CAGAACCGGCGACUAAACUGCGCAUGCGUGUCAGAGGCGUUUGCAGCGGACCGGGCUUGGCAGUUCCUUCCUCGGAAGGAAAGAUUCCUCUGCCAUGGAGUCCUACGAUGUGAUCGCCAACCAGCCUGUUGUGAUCGACAACGGAUCCGGUGUGAUUAAAGCUGGUUUUGCUGGUGAUCAGAUCCCCAAAUACUGCUUUCCAAACUAUGUGGGCAGACCCAAACAUGUUCGUGUCAUGGCAGGAGCCCUCGAAGGUGACAUCUUCAUUGGCCCCAAAGCUGAGGAGCACCGAGGGCUGCUGUCAAUCCGCUAUCCCAUGGAACAUGGCAUCGUCAAGGACUGGAAUGACAUGGAACGCAUUUGGCAAUAUGUCUAUUCUAAGGACCAGCUGCAGACUUUCUCAGAGGAGCAUCCUGUGCUCCUGACUGAGGCUCCUUUAAACCCUCGGAAAAACCGGGAGCGAGCUGCAGAAGUUUUCUUUGAGACCUUCAACGUGCCAGCUCUCUUCAUCUCCAUGCAAGCUGUGCUUAGCCUCUAUGCCACAGGCAGGACCACAGGUGUGGUGCUGGACUCUGGGGAUGGCGUCACCCACGCAGUCCCCAUCUACGAAGGCUUCGCCAUGCCGCACUCUAUCAUGCGCAUCGACAUCGCUGGCCGAGAUGUCUCUCGCUUCCUUCGCCUCUACCUCCGCAAGGAGGGCUAUGAUUUCCACUCCUCCUCCGAGUUUGAGAUUGUCAAGGCCAUAAAGGAAAGAGCCUGCUACCUGUCCAUCAACCCCCAGAAGGAUGAGACACUAGAGACGGAGAAGGCCCAGUACUACCUGCCCGAUGGCAGCACCAUUGAGAUCGGCCCUUCCAGGUUCCGGGCCCCUGAGCUGCUGUUCAGGCCAGACUUGAUUGGUGAGGAGAGUGAGGGUAUCCAUGAGGUCCUGGUGUUUGCCAUCCAGAAGUCUGACAUGGACCUACGGCGUACACUUUUUUCCAACAUCGUCCUCUCAGGAGGUUCUACCUUGUUCAAAGGUUUUGGUGACAGGCUACUGAGUGAAGUGAAGAAACUAGCUCCAAAAGAUGUGAAGAUCAGGAUAUCUGCACCCCAGGAGAGACUGUAUUCCACGUGGAUUGGAGGCUCCAUCCUUGCUUCCCUGGACACCUUUAAGAAGAUGUGGGUCUCCAAGAAGGAAUACGAAGAAGAUGGUGCCCGGUCCAUCCACAGGAAAACCUUCUAAUGUUGAGACAGCACCUUCACCUCUCUGAAGUUAACUCCACUUGAAAACUCACUUUCUUGACUUGGGGUAUUGGAGAGGAACUGCCUGUGUGUGUGAGUGAGUGUGUGGGUAUGAGUGUGUGCACAUGGCGAGUGUGUGUGGCCCAGGUUUCCCGGGCCCGGAAAGGACAUUGAACUACCCACGGUGGUGAUGGCCGGAGGCCUGGGGUUGACUACUAACUGGCCCCUUCCAGGGAAGAGCCCUGGCAGAGACCCACUCCUUUCUCAGCCAGGCCUUUGGCUGGCUGUGUGGAACUAUGGUCACUACCAUAGAGAGACCUUGCUGCUGCCAAUCUAGGCUGGGCUGGCCCCACCCCACCCCAGAGUGCCCUGAGGCUGGAGGCAGCUGCCUCCCCUCUCUUCGUUCUGCUGUCCAUGCUGUGGAUCAGACUGAGAACUGAGGCUGGGGUUAGGUUCCGUCUGGCUCUGUUUCGCUUGGUGUUUGGGAGACUGACAGAGCACUCUGGCAGUGGCUGUAGACUGGGCUCAGGAGAGAGCAGGGUGCACUCAUGUCUACCUGGGAACCAGGACCACACUGGGCACGGGAAGACAGGCGACAGCUGCAGGCUUAAUUUACAGCCCCGACCACAUCCGGGGCUCUUGGGAGACUGGGGCUCCAGGGCCUGUCAUUCUCAUCCAUCCUUGUUUCGAUGCCAUCUUCAGUUUUAGUUAUGGAAGUGUUUGUUCAGUAAAGGGACUGCAGAGAGGGCUCAGUGUCCCCUGCCCACUGGUCACCUUGCUCACACUAAUGUUUACACACCUAGGCUUUGCAUAGCGUCCAGGGUGUCACCCUCCUGAUGGCAGACUGACAGUAUUCGGGACGGGAGGCUGCACUCAAGGCACCCCAGCCUCCUCUCUCCUCCUUCCUCCAUUUGCUCACUGCCCCAGAACCACCAGGCUGGCUGCGGUUAGAUGUCCCAAAACAGGAAGUAGAUCACUCUUUGGCAGAGGCCCCUUGCGAGGGAGGUAUGUUGGAGACCUUUAAAACUAAGAAAGCUGCAGUUAACCAUGGUGCCUUCCACCACUCCAGCUGACCAGGGAGACUAAGGUAAAUGGCAGGGAGGCCCCUUGUGGGUUGGUCAAAGUCUCUCCUGACUUUGGACCUGUGGGGAUGGAGAGAAGGGGCCAGACCAAGUGCCAAGAAGUGAUGGGCUUAAGCCUGGCUCUCAGAAGCGGUCCAAGGGCCUGUGGACCCAGAGAGUACAAAGCUAGGGUGAGCCUGUCUUCACCGGCACGCUCACCAGUGAUACCCAGUCCCACCUCAGUUCCAGAUUCCAGACAGUAUUCUCUCCCGCCAUCCUAUGACCAAAGGCCCCUGCCAGAUGUAAGCUGCAGCUGGCGUGUGUGAGAUCAGUGUGGCAACCCAUGGACUGCAGUGUGCUUAAUCAGCUCAUCUCUCUUAGCCCAAGCCUGUCCCUUACACAGCCUCGAAAAGCCGCGUUGCCUGGUGGGGCCCAGUGUACUUAAAUAAAGUCGUUCCAAUAGAUA